AAAAUAAUGGGGAAUGUUUUUACAAAUUUGUUUAAAGGAUUGUUUGGGAAAAAGGAAAUGCGUAUUUUGAUGGUUGGACUUGACGCUGCUGGUAAAACGACAAUUCUUUACAAGCUUAAACUUGGAGAAAUUGUUACUACUAUUCCGACUAUAGGAUUCAACGUCGAGACUGUCGAAUACAGAAAUAUUUCAUUUACUGUUUGGGACGUUGGCGGUCAAGACAAAAUUCGUCCACUUUGGAGGCACUAUUUCCAAAAUACUCAAGGUUUUUUAAGUUAUUUUUUGUCCAAACUUAUUUUUAAAGGUCUUAUAUUUGUUGUUGAUAGCAAUGACCGUGAAAGAGCUGGGGAGGCACGCGAAGAAUUAAUGCGAAUGUUGGCUGAGGAUGAACUUCGCGAUGCUGUCCUUUUGGUUUUUGCUAACAAACAGGAUCUUCCAAAUGCUAUGAAUGCUGCUGAAGUGACAGACAAAUUAGGACUUCACACUCUUCGUAAUCGUAACUGGUACAUCCAGGCAACAUGUGCAACUUCUGGGGAUGGCCUCUAUGAAGGACUUGACUGGCUUAGCAAUCAACUUAAGAACCGAGGCUAA